AUGGGUAUUAGUACAUCAAAGAUGGAUAGUUCACCAUUGCUGAGGCUUUGUCGAGAGAGAAAGGAAUUGAUUGGAGCUGCGGCUGAUUGCCGCUAUCAGUUAGCCGCAGCCCACAUUGUGUACCUUCAAUCUCUUUUAGAUGUAGGCAAUGCACUUAACCACUUUGUGGAGGAAGAAAUGCUGGUUUUAAGUGAUUGCUCUUUUGAGUCCUCAGAGGAGAAUAACUCUGACGCCGAGCUGAUCUCCUUGACCGAUAAUACUCAUGAUCACUCUGAGGCAUCAGGUUGUUCUCCCCUUAAUUUGAGGACGUCACCUUCAGCAACGUUCCCUGCCAUUCAUGAGCAGUCAGGAAAGUUGGAUGUGUUUUCUUCCCGCUUUCAAUAUGGUCACGGGGAAUCUUUUGGCACAUCUACAAGUGUUUCACCUAGUUAUGUUAGGUAUGAUCAGUCUAACAAUCAAGUUCAUUCACAGCCAGGUGAUGUUAGUUUUUCUCAUUAUGGUUGUAAGGUGAUUGCUGGUGCUGCAAUUGAGGCUUCUAUGAAUAAUAAUGUUAGCUACCCUCAAGAUGAAAAUUGGGUAGCUUCUGGUUCUCCGGUGCUGGAAUCUCCUCAAAGCUUCCCUCAGUUUGAAAAUGAGGUAGAGCAAGCUGAUCCUUACCAUGAAAGGACAAAGAGUGUCACUCCUGCUCCAUCAACUUCUCCUAUAAAUAACAUUGUUGAUUGGUAUUACUUAAACCCAUUUAAGAUAAUUGAUGAUAUAAAUUACUAUUCUCAGAAUUAUUGUUUUAGUGAAUUUAAUAGUGAUCAGGACUUUAGAGAAGUGAGAGAGAGAGAGGGAAUUCCCGAUUUGGAAGAUGAAACUGUGCCAAAUUCGGUCGACGUAUCCAGGGGCGAGGAAUCAGCAGAGGCUAUAAGGGAAAGUUCAGGCACUGGCACUUCACAAGCUCCAAUAUCUCAAGAAAAAGAAAAGAGUGAUCCAAUCACCAUUCAAGAAGAUGUACGCUAUAGACUAGAUACCUUGGCAGUAAAUAUUACCGAAGAUAAGAAUAUAACUAGGGAUGGGCUGCGUAUGCAGAGUGAAGAUACAGUCACCCAGGAUGGUGAAUCUUUAGAAUCUUCAAGCUUGACGACAUUAGAUGACUGUGUCUCAAAGAAUAUCACUGAAAUAGUAAAGGAAAUUGGAGAUAUAUUUGAGACUGUUUUUAAUUAUGGGAAGGAAGUUGCAGUAUUUUUCGAGGCAGGCAAACUCCCUUAUCAGCCUAUGGGUGCCAAACUUAAGGAAGUUGCCUCAAGGAUCUUUGGUUUUACUUCAUUGCAAUUAAACCAAUUGGCUCCUAGAACAAUGAUGAUGGACAAAGCUAUAAAUGGUGAUGUUGAGGAUAUAAGCAGAAAGUUUGGUGACCUCUCCUCCACUUUGGAGCAGCUGUUUGCAUGGGAAAAGAAACUGUAUGCUGAAGUUCUGGGGGAAGAAAAGUUCCGCAUUAUAUAUGAUAAGAAGUACAAUCAGCAAAAGGUUCUUGAUGAUAAAGGUGCUGAGUACAGUAAGAUUGACGACAUUCAUGUUUCACUUAGAAGGUUGCUUUCAAAAAUUAAUGUUGCUGUCACAGCAGUUGAUGUGAUCUCGAGACGAAUACACAGGUUAAGAGAUGAGGAUUUGCUUGCACAACUGAAAGAAUUGAUUGAAGGGUUGUUGAGAAUGUGGGACUUCAUGGUAAAAUGCCAUCGAAAGCAGUUCCAAACUAUCAUAGGGACAAAAGCAUAUGUUCAUAUGGCAAAUGCUGACAGUCGAAAAAGUUCAAACAUGAAGGCUACUCAGAGACUGGAAAAGGAGAUGUUAAACUGGGGUUCAAGCUUUAGAGAUUAUGUUAGUACUCAGAAAGCCUUUGUGAAAUUCUUAAAUGAGUGGCUUUUGAGGUGCAUCUUCCAAGAACCAGAAGCAACUCCUGAUGGAAUACCCACCUUUUCUCCUAGCAGCAUUAGAGCUCCACCCGUUUUCAUCAUCUGUAGUGAUUGGUACUAUGCAAUUGAGAAAGUUUCAGACAAUGGAGUAUACGAAGCCAUUCAUAGUUUUGCCACGAGCUUGCACCAGUUGUGGGAGAAGCAAAAUGAAGAACAACAUGAAAGACAGAAAGCUAUGCACCUUUCAAAGGAUUUUGAGAAACUGCUUAGAAUUAUUCAUGAAGAGAGUGGUUUGCAGUGGCAUCAAGAUGCAUUGCUAAACCAUUUGGCUGCUUCAGAGUUCCCUGCAGAGAGUGUGGCACAGGCUGGUGGACUAGAUAUUGACUUGGUCUCCAUGAAUAAGAGAUUGGAAGAACAAAAAGCUAGGCAUGAAGAAGUUGUUAGACAGCUGAAUGAUGCUGCUUCAAGCUGCUUACAGGAUGGCCUGGUUCCCACUUUUGAGGCUUUGGAGAAAUUUUGUUGGGAAAACUUGAAAGCUUACGAGCAAAUCAGAUUUCUGAACAGACAAUAAAGCAGGAAGGAAACAGUCUAAUGAAUGUCAAGUUGUCCAUAUGGGAAAGAAAACUUUUACCCAGUAAUAAAACUACAAUCAAUCCUUAAUUGGUACA